AUGCGAACAGGCAAGGCUGGAGACCGCGGCGUUGACCUAGCUGGCUUCUGGCAUCUUCCCGAUGGCGGACAAACUGAGGGUGCUCCGAACACGCGAUCACUACGAGUCCUGACACAGUGUAAGCGUCACCGUGGCAAGAAGAGUCUACAGCCGUCUGCAGUGCGGGAACUAGAGGGCGCAUUCCUGGGAGCACCUCCGGGCUGGCGUGGCGAGGACGUCCUUGGGGUCAUGGUCAGCACGAAGCCCGCGACCAAGGGCGUCUUGACUGCGCUUAGCGCGAGUAAGAGAGGUCUGGUUUGGAUAUGUCUAGAAGAGGACGAGACCUUCGAGACACAGCCGACAGGCUCCGAAGGACCGGAUGGAGAUGAGGAAGUGCCUGCAGAAACAGAAGACGCGGCACAGUCUGAGGGUGCCUCGGAUGAGGCGCCCUCUGGCAAGCCUACAGUGAUCCGAUCUGUCACUGGUCGAGUGAUCCAAAUGCUGUACAACCAUGCCGCACAACGGAUCGGGCUAGAAGGCUUGGACGUGAUCCAACAGCAUCACGUAGACGACUCAGACUUGACUGCAUACGUCGAGAUCAAGCUCAAUUAUCGUGGGCACCCGGUGCGAGAAGUCAGCGGAGACGAGUGA